AUGAGCCGUUUAGCCUCAAGACACUUGCUUUCUGCGCGCCAAUGCGCGCCUGCCGCCCCGCAUCGCGGAAUAAGGGCGUGGGACCGCGGUGAGGGCCGUGGGUACAGCGCGAUGCGCGCGAGCGGCGGAAGACGCGCAGUGGCGGGGCGAAAUAUCGAGGCAUAUGGGGUUGGGAGGGGGGAAGCGGAGAACAGAGGAGGGGAAGAGGGACAGAUAGGAUGGAUGGGUGACGAGGAGAGUGAGAGCGAAGGAGAGGGUGAGAGGGAGUGGUGGGAGGAGGAAUUCGGUGACUCUGCGGCGGGGGAGAAAGGGGCGUACGAGAGCGCAGGAGAGGGGGGAAACGACGCGCAAUCGGGGGAGGAGCAGGCGGGCGCGGAGGGGGCGCGGCGGGCGGCGGUGUUGGAGUACCUGGAAGGGGAGGGCGUGGCGGCGGAGCUGCUGGAGGGCGUCGCGCUGCCGCUCGACGUACGCGUCGUGCGCGAGCGAGUGCAAUUCCUGCGCGCUCUCCGCCUCGACGUCGCGGAGGUAGUGGGGCGGUACCCUCCGGUGCUGUGCGGUAGCAUAGCGCGCAACUACGUGCCGGUGCUGGCGCACCUGGAGAGCAUCCCCAUCGCGCGCGCACAUCUGCCCGCGCUGCUCACGGCCUACCCGCGCGUGCUCUUCUCCUCCGUGCGCAUCGACCUGCUGCCCGUGCUGCACUACCUGCAGGGCCUCGGCGUGCCGCCCGCCGCGCUGCCCUCCGUGCUGUCGCGCUGCCCGCACCUGCUGGGGCUGCGACCCGAGGGCAGCAUGAGCACGAGCGUGGCGUACCUGGUGGGCAUCGGCGUGGAUCCCAAGGCCAUCGGCAGCAUGAUCGUGCAGCUGCCGCAUUUACUCACCAUGCGCGCCGCCACCACCAUCCGCCCCAAGGUCGACCUGCUCUCACACGCCCUCGCGCUGCCCCUCCCCCAGGUGGCGCGGCUGCUGCAGGCGCGCCCCCACCUGCUCGCACUGGACCUGCACGCCCAGCUGCGCCCCGCACUCGCCGCCCUGCGCGCUGCUUGCCUCACGGUCCCGCACAUGCGCGCCGCUGUCACCGCCUUCCCACACCUCCUCGCCCUGCCGCUGUCCGAUCUCCUGCCGCCCACCGUCCAGUGGCUCUCCUCUCACGCCCACGUGCCGCCCGCGGUCGUGCCGGGGGUGCUGGCAGGGCUGCCACAGCUGGUGGUGGCGGACAGGCGGCAGGCAGAGGGGAAGCUGCAGCGGCUGCGGGAGAGAGGGUUCUCCCAGCACCAGGUGGCGGCGCUGCUGACGGGGUGCCCCCAGGUGCUGGGGCAGCGUGGGGACACCAUUGACAGGAAGCUCACAGUGCUGCUGCAGCACCGGACGCAUGCUGACGUGGUGGCAUUCCCCCCGUGCCUGGCGUGCCGAGAGGAGGUGCUGGAGGAGAGGCUGGGAGCGGCGCAGAGUGCCGGGUUCACCUUCUCCCUUCCCCGCGCGUCGCCUGAAUCCUGGCGUCGCCGCGAGCCUCGGCGCCCGGCUCGGCGCGCUGCGAUGGACGCCGUGUACGGCUUACUGUCGGGCAGCUGGCUGCUCGGCACCCCCAAGGCGCCGCCAAAACCGGAGCCAGUAGAUGACGUGGACAAGCCAGUGCCGGAGGAAUGGAGGUCCAAGUAUCCCUUCAGAAGCGACGAUCCCACGGAGCAGCGCCUGAAGCAGCUGCUGGAAGCGUACGAGGAGUCCAGCAGAGAGGGCGCGUCAGCGGCGUCAAAUGCGACGCUGCUGGUGUUCCUGUCGGCGCUCGUCGAGGCUUACGCCGACUGGUUCCCGCCCGACCCCGAUCCCGACGCGCACGACGACGCGCAAGGGAGCGACAGCGCAGACGGCGAGGGGGAGGCGGGCGGGCAGCGGCUGGGGCACCCGCUGGAAGUGGUGCGGUGCGUGGCGCGCCAGCUGGCAGAGUUUGCACGCGUGGCGAAAUCACGAGGGCCAUCUGCGUCUGCAGAGAAUCAAUCAGCCAAUCAAGACGCGCCAGGUGGCAGCGCAUCAGAGGGCCAGAGCCGGUCGGCUGUGGGCAGCACGACGCUGUGGAUCGCAUCGCUGGCCAUGGGCGCGGGCAGGGGGGCGGAGGGGGGGGCAGGGGGCGGGGGGGAAGCGGGGGACGCGGAGGAGGAGGCGGCGGCAUGGGACCGCACGAUGCUGGCGCUGCGGGCGGCGUCCAUCAUCUCGCGCAGCGCCCACAACCGCAAGCUGCUCGCCUUCUUCCGCUCCGUCUCCGCUGCCAUCCACAUCCUCUCCGGUCCGUCCGUGCACACCCCCCUAGGCCUCCGCUCCCACCCUCUCUCUCACACCCUCUGCUUCCACACCCCGCCACUGCUUCUCCCUUUCUUCCCUUCCUCUCCCUCCGUCUUCCAUCCCCAUUUCACUCUCCCUGUUCCAGCUUCCUCUCUUCCUCCCAUCCCAUACUCAACCUUCUCAUCUUCCCUCUUUCCUCCCCUCCCCUCUUUCCCCUCCCCUCUUUCCCUUCCCCUCUUUCCCCUCCCCUCUUUCACCUCCCUUCAGGCAUAUCAGCGGACCUGCGGUGGCGCCGCCUCCCCGGGACUCCUGACGUCCCCCUCCGCCUCCGCCCGCCUGCGGGGCAGUGGCAGGAGCAGCGGCAGGUGGGGGGGGCGGAGGCUGGGGUUUGGGGAGGAGCUUGCGGGGACGGCGUGGGGGGGCAAGGUGGGGGCGCAGGGGGCGGAGGGGGAGGACGCGCAUGCUGGGAUGCGCGAGGCCAGUCCCACCAGCCAGCAUCCACCAUCCACCAUCCCCUCUUAA